AUGGCUCUGUUCUCGCCGGCCCUCCCCUCGACCUUUUCGGCUUCAUGCUCCAAGGCUCAGUUUCCUCAGAAGGGGCGUCUCGCCUUCUUCCCCAAGAGGAGCCUCUCCCUCUUCGUCGCCAGGUCUGCGGACAAUGGGACGGGAACCACGGGCUCGGUCGCCGUUGAGGUGAACCCGGAGAAGAAAGAAGAAGCCGCGGCUCCGGUUGCCGUGGAGGAGAAGCCCGAGGAAAAUAAGGAGGCGGCGGUGUUGGAGUCCAACGGGGCAACGGUGAAGACGGAGGUUCCUCCUCCCAAGUUCCUGGAUCCGAGGUGGGCUCGGGGCACCUGGGACUUGGAGCAGUUCAGGAAGGAUGGUACAGUGGACUGGGAUGCUGUCAUAGAUGCUGGUAUGCCUGUCCUCCAACACAUCUUUCUCAGUAUUCAUUGAUCUGGUUUUUCUUCAAUUCUGGGUGUUUGAUGUUCAUCUACUCGUUGGAUUUGGGUUUCGGCAUUCAGAGCAGGGGAAAGAUAUCGCAAAAUUUUCAUGCUUAUUUCUGCACAUUUUUUAUGGGAGCAUUUUUUAUUUAUUUCGUUGAUUCGAGUUAAUUCACAAUAUGAAUUGAGGAUUAUUGCUCGAUUCAAUUGUGCUCCUUCAUCAAGUAGAAUAAACUGAGAUCAUGUAACAGUGUUAAUCAUUCCAUUCUCAUGUUGUUCCAAGGAUAGGGAGCUUAAAUUGCACUUCCUGUUCCGGAUGAAUGGAUGGAGCCAUGUAAAUAUGUCAAUUCAUCUGUUAUAAAAAUGCCUUAUUAUUUUGAAAUUUUCCUAAUAAUUAUUUUUAACACCACCAGAAAGUCGAUUUCAUAUACAUUAAAUCGGAAUAGGAAGUGAGUCUGGUUAAAUUGGGUAUUUUCUUGCGUUAUUUCUUACUCCCCUUGCUGCAGGAUUUAUGAAUUCUUUGGCCCUUUGGCUCUUUACAUCCCAUCGAAGCCUUUCUUAAUUAGUUUUGCGGCAUUCUGGGCGCUAGGAAUAAAUGGCUCCAUUUAAGGUGAGUGUGCAUAUUAAUGCUUAAAAAAAAUACAAUAACAGAAUUAUGUUUGCCUCCAGUGGAUGAUUUAAAAAAAUUAUUGUAAAACUGCUGAGGAUAUCAAUCUCUUAUAAUCUGUCGUACUUCCCCAGAAUGUAGCACUCUGUUAUAUCUUUGAUUCAGUCAGAGGCCAUAAGUGGCUUGUCCUAAUUUGAUUACUUGAAGCAGCACUGAUUCUAUGGUUGCUGGUCUUUGCAGAGGCAAGAAGGAGAAAAUGGCUUGAAGACCACCCAGGAGAUUCAAGUGUCGAUGGUGGUGUGGUAUUUGAUACUGCCAUCAUUCCCUGGUGGGCAUGGGUCAAGAGAUUCCACUUGCCAGAGGCUGAGCUGCUCAAUGGUUAAACCUUUACUCCUUUACUGGCCCAUGAUAGCUAAUUUUAGGAUGAUGCUUUCUCUUGCCUUGAAAGUUUCUGAUUGAUGGGUUCUGGGAUUUCAAAACUGCCAUUCAAUGGUUGAAACCUACAAUUGAACACAUGAUUUCUAAUUUUGGCAUAUUUGUUGUUAUUAUACUUUCGAAAUUUUCUGAUCCAUGGCUCUUGAGAUUACAAAAAUUUAUACGGAACGGUUUAAACUUCACUCCUCUGCCGACCCGUGAUCACCCAUUUUAGCUUAAUCGUUGUGCUUAUGCCACCUUUGAAUCUCUUCUUAAUGGCUCUCAAGAUUUCGAUUUUCUGAAAAGUGCAGGGCGGGCCGCUAUGGUUGGGUUCUUCAUGGCAUACUUUGUGGACAGCCUAACCGGGGUCGGCCUCGUGGACCAGAUGAAUAACUUCUUCUGCAAGACCCUCUUGUUCGUAGCUGUGUUGGGGGUGCUCGUGAUCAGGAAGAACGAGGACGUCGAGAACCUGAAGAAGCUUGUAGAUGAGAGCACAUUCUACGACAAGCAGUGGCAAGCCACGUGGCAAGAUGAGAAUGCCGGCGGCCCUCGCCCAGAGUAG